GAUUUCUUUAUUUGUUUAUCUUUUGUUUUAAUUGAUCGGUUUUCUAUUUUUUAAAUUGUUUCAAGUUAAUUUACUAUUUCUGGAGAAGACAAUUUAACCUUGAUUGAUGACUGAUUAGUAAACUGUGAUUGUCAUGAUGAUUAUAAUUGUGAUUGAUUAAUUGUCCAUGUCAAUAGUUAUUGAUACAUAAGAUUUUGGGUUAGUCUUUUUUGUUUUGAUCUUUGUUUUUCUGUGAUUUGAUCAAUAGUUGGAUUAAUCAAGAUUAUCCGUUCAAGUCAAUUGAUCUUUUGCUCAUCUUCACCAUUGUCGUCAUUGAUUUCUUCUAAAAAAAUUAAUAAGUUGAAUAGUUAAAAGAAGAAAAACAAAAAAAAGAGAAAAGAAUUUUUUUUUUGUUCUAUUCUAUUUUAUCUUGUGCUCUUUGUUUUGUUUUUUUCUCUCACUCUCUCAAUUCUAAUCAAUUGCCAUUGUGAUUUAAGUACCAAUUAAGAUGUUACUGAUUAAUGGCUUUAUAAACUUCCAUCGUUACCGUUUUUCUGCUGUGGUGAGAUGCUGAUGUCAACAUGUUGCAGAUUUUUGUUCUCUCUCAUUAUGAUAAGAAAUAGAAAUUCAUUUUCUACUCUUGUUCCAACUUCUAAUUACUUUUGUUCCUCUGUUCAUUCUUCCUGUGGAUUCUUUCAUUCCUUCUCUCUCAUCAACUUAUGCUAAUUGCCUUCUUGUCACCAUGUGUAAAUUGUCGAAUUUAAUCACAAAGCCAUUUUGAUACCUUCACAAGUUGCAAGUUCAGCAAUCAGAAUAAAGAUGAAACAUGUCACCUGAUGAUUUCUAUCUAACCACAAAGCUCCAUCAAUGGUUAAACAUUAGAUGAAUUGUUAAGAUUAACUUGUUGGUAUUUAUAACUAACCUAUUGGAGGAAAAAAAACAAAGAACAAGUGAUGUUUAUGUGCUUAAUUGUUUGUCUUCAAAUGUCUCUCUCUUUUGAUUAAGGUUAAAUUGUAACCCUUUCAAUUCAGAUUCAACGAUAAUCAACAACAACCACCAUGAAAAUAAUAAGAAUUGAGACAAAAUGGACAACAACAAGAGAAGAAUAGAUUGAAUAACUUUAUUUAUAUUCUUUUCUAUCUUUUUUUUUUGUUCCAAAGUGAUUCCAUCAAAGAGAAUAAGAUUAUCAACAGUAGACAACAAGAACAGGAAACAAUUUUCAAGUGUGGAAGAAGAAAACAAAAGGAUAAAGUCAACAAGAGAAAAUUCAUAAAGAUGAUGAAAUGGAAUUGAAGAAGAAAAUAAAUAAGGAAUAACAAGAACAAGAAGGAGUAAACUUAGUCGAAUGUAAAAGAAUUGUCACUUUGGCUUCGUCUUCAUUUUUGACCUGAUUCAUUCGAACAUCGUAUUCACCAAUAUAAAGAUUCUGAUUACCGAUUCUAACUGAGAAGAGAAACAAAAAAGAUUCAUAAAUUUUCCAUUGUACAUGUUGACCAUCACCGAACGAAAGUGAAGAAGAACAAAAAAAAACUGACCACAUUCAUAAAGAAAAAAGGAAAAGAUUUUUCUUCUCUUUUUCGAUUGGAAAUUUGAUAUUCUUAAUAUAAACACAAAGUCACCAUGAAUUUGAUGUUAUGAAAAUUGAAUUUCACUUGAGAAUUUGAUUUCAACAAUUUGUCACUCUGUCAAAAUAGAGAAAAGAAAUCAAAAAAUAUCAUCUUAAUCAUCUCUGUGCGUUUUUCCCCCUCUUUCUGCUCAUCUUUGUUAUUCCAAGUUAAACUGGACAAUUGAUAAAUCAUUUGUCUUCACUGUUUCAUCCCAAUUCUUUCUGCUAAUCAUCAUCUAUCAACAACUUAUCCGUUUCUCUUACCGCCUCCUACAAACUAUUUGUUUCCACUAGAGUAUUUUUCAACUUUCCCUCCCCACUGCUAAUGAUAAUCACCAAACACAAUCAUUUAAAUUGAUUUUCUUGUUUUCCCUUCAUUACUUUGUAAUCAAUUUUGUAUCACUUUCUCUAACAGUCGAUAUCGACUCUUGAAAUUUGUGCCAUUUUGUGUGAUUGUCCAUCAUCAUCAUCAUCAUCAUCAUAAUCAUCAUCAUGUGUCUGGAGUCUGAUUAAACAUAAAUCAUCAUUACACAACCAACAAAACCACAACAUCAACACAAACAACAACAAUAACAGUGUAACAUCAAACUUCAAUCAAUAAUUGGUUAUAUUUUGUAAAUCAUCAACAACAGUUAACCAUCAGCUCCAAAAAAUUGAAGCCAAUUCACCGCAAUUAGCUUGUUGAGUGUAACAAUUAAUAGUAACAAUCAACGAUAACAUUGACAACAAGCAUAAAACCAGGUUGAAGGUCAUCAACGUUAAGAAACAGUUAUAAACCUUUAAUUGUUGUUGGCUUGGUGAAAAAAAAAGCUCUGAACUGAAACAACAACAACAACUACAAAAAAAGACAUCAAGUAACCUCAAGAUACUCAGAUUCAUUUGGAAGGAGAGAAGAAGAAAAAAAAACUUCAUCAAAAGGACGAAGGAGUUACAAAGAUUGAGUGAGAAGAGAUUGAGAGAGCUUAUGAGCAGAACAUAGUGAGUGUAUUAUCAAGGAGAGACAGAAACAUCUGAGUGAGUCGAGUGAGUUUCAAUAUAUAUGAAUACGCGAGUGUGAAAAAAAAAGCUGAAUGUAAGUGAGAUGAAGUGGGAGAGCUGAAAGGAGAGAGAGAGAGAGAGUGAGAAAUGUUUCUAUCAUGGUUUUAGUAUUAGAUGAAAUUAUGCUUGAAUCGAGUGUGUUUGUUUCACCAACAUCUACCAUCAUUGAUAACUACAGAACUGAUUGUAAUCUUAACCAAAGUAAUGAUUCCCACCAUGAACAUGAUGAUGAUUUAAAAGAUAAAAAUGAAAACAAGAACGUUAAUCCAACUCAAGUUAAUCUCUCAAUCAAAUCAACUACUGUCAAAGUGAAUCGUUAUUUCUGUGAUCUUAAUCAAUUGGAUUUUAAGCGACGUAAAAUUAAUCAAUCAUCUAAACAUUAUCAUCAUCGUUCUCAUCAUCAUUCUCUUGACCAUUGGUCAUCUUUUUUACGUUACUUUCUAUUUAUCUCUAUUCUAAUUAAUUUUUCAAAUUGUGAUGAAACAGCUUCAAUUUAUACCGAUCAGUUUGUUGCUCAUAUUGAUGGUUCACCUGAAACUGCACGUUCAAUUGCAGAGAAACACGGGUUCACUUAUUUGGACCAUAUAAUUGAUAAUGCUUAUCAUUUGCAACAUAAGCGGCUUUUUAAACGUUCCUUGGACAAUGGUCAAGAGGGUGGUGUCCAUGUUACCUCUAAACUUAAGGCGAUCUCCUCUGAGCCACUUGUUACCUCUUUUAGUCAAUUGAAACUUAAUUCUCGAACUAAACGUGAUCUAAUACGAUUACACUCUUAUGAAAGGCCACUUGGAAGAUCGGGUUCUCGAUUAAACUUUUUCGAUGAUCCAAAAUGGACCCAAAUGUGGUACCUAAAUCGUGGUCAAGGAUUGGAUAUGAAUGUUCAAAAAGUUUGGGCCAUGAAUAUAACAGGACGGGGAGUUGUUGUUACUAUUUUAGAUGAUGGACUUGAAAAUGAUCAUCCCGAUUUGAUUGCCAAUUAUGAUCCCGCUGCAAGUUAUGAUGUCAACAAUUCUGAUAAUGAUCCAACCCCUCGUUAUGAUAUAAUUGAUUCUAAUCGUCAUGGUACUCGGUGUGCAGGUGAAGUUGCCGCCAUGGCAAAUAAUAGUAACUGUGCUGUGGGUGUUGCCUUUAAUGCUCGUGUUGGUGGACUAAGAAUGUUGGACGGUGAUGUUACCGAUGCAGUCGAAGCUCGAUCUUUGUCCUUUAAUCGUGAUCAUAUUGACAUUUAUAGUGCCUCUUGGGGUCCCGAUGAUGAUGGUCAAACGGUUGAUGGACCUGGAGAAUUAGCAACCAAGGCUUUUAUUGACGGGGUUCGAAAGGGACGCCGAGGGCUUGGUUCAAUUUUUAUUUGGGCAUCGGGAAAUGGAGGUCGGGAACAUGAUAAUUGUAACUGUGAUGGUUAUACUAAUUCAAUUUGGACAUUGUCCAUUUCAAGUGCCACCGAAAAUGGUUUGGUUCCCUGGUAUAGUGAAGCCUGUUCAUCGACUCUUGCAACAACCUAUUCUUCCGGUUCCAAUGGAGAGAGACAAAUAGUGACCACCGAUCUGCACCAUGGUUGCACUACAACGCACACUGGAACCUCAGCUUCGGCUCCACUAGCCGCUGGAAUUUCAGCUUUAGCUCUUGAGGCAAAUCCACAACUUACCUGGCGGGAUAUGCAACAUAUUGUGGUUCUAACCUCUCGUCCAGCCAAUUUACAUGCAAAAGACUGGAAAACCAACGGAGUGGGUCGUAAUGUUAGCCACUCUUUCGGCUAUGGUCUAAUGGAUGCCGAAUCAAUGGUCAGAGUGGCCCGACAAUGGGUGACCGUUCCACAACAGAAAAUAUGUUCCGUCCGAUCUCCUCCAGUAGACAAAUUAAUUCCUGCCAAGAGUCAUAUUGAAUUAUCUCUUGAAGUUUCUUGUGAAGAUGAGGUCAAUUUCCUUGAACAUGUCCAAGCAAAGGUGACCUUAACAGCGACCCGACGAGGUGAUCUACACAUUUAUCUUACCUCACCCGUAGGGACCAAAGUUAAUCUACUUGCUCAACGUCCGAUGGACAAUUCGAGGUCAGGAUUUCAGAAUUGGCCUUUCAUGAGUGUCCAUACCUGGGGUGAAAAUCCCAAUGGUCUAUGGAAGAUUGAAGUUCACAAUGAAGGUCGAUACAUUUACAGCCGAGCUUAUCUUAAAGAGUGGACACUGGUCAUGUAUGGGACAACUGAAAAUCCUGAUAGACGAGUGGACAAAUCAUUCCCAUCUCUAUCACCACCAAGCUCAGAGGAAGCUAAUAAACCUUAUUACAAUGAUAAAUUGGGUAAUGAUUUGGAAAAAUCUUUCGAUGAUUUAAAUCACAAUAGUGCAGGUAAAUCAAUGAUGACCAGUGAUAUAAAUGGUAGCAGUAGUGUCAAUGGUAGUAGCAGUUCAACUCGUAAACCUUAUCCAUCUCCAGGAAAAUUCAGUGGCAGGUUUCCAAUUAAACAAUCACCAUCAUCAUCAUCUUCAUCAUUGUCUAAUGAUAAAACUGUUAAGAAACCAAAUGUCCAGCCAAUUGAUAACAAUGAUAUCAACCUUUUGUCACCAAUCAAUCAGAAUACCCAACACAAUUCUGUUCUGGGUGUUAUUCAUGGAACCAGAGAAGACAAAUCAUCAGAUGAAAGUGAUUCCUUCAUCCUUGGUGGAAAGUCAUUCAACCGAGGAUGUAUCCUGAAAGAUUCGGGCUCCCAGUGCCUAGAGUGUAGUCACAAUAUGGUCUUAAUUAAUGGCGUUUGUUUGGAUAAUUGUCCUGAGGGUUAUUAUCGAUCGACAAUCGCAAUUAAAAUCGGAUCAGAGUCAUUAAGAUGUUCCCGAUGCCAUUACUCAUGUAAAACUUGUUCCGGUGCCGCUGAUUCAAAUUGUACUACUUGUUUUCCGGAUGCAACAAUUAACACCAAAGGACAUUGUCACUCAUUAUCAUUAGUUAAUCAAGUAAUCACAUUGGAACGAUGGUAUUCAACAAUUACAAUUGUGUUUACAAUUUGUUGCCUUGUUAUUUUACUCUUAAUUGUUUACAUUGUUGUUGGUCGUUCCAAUGAUCUGAUCUGUUGUAUCGUUGAAACAAAACGUAAUCAUCAUCAUCAUCAUUCAUCGUCUUCAUCAUCUUCUCAUCAUCGUCAUCGUAAUCAUCACAAUCCCCACUCAUUAAAUCAUUCACGUUUCUCUUACGUUGAUUUACCAACUAAUCACAAUCAUCAUCAUAUUGAUAAUCAACGUCGUCGAUCAACAUCCCAACGUUUAUCAAUUAAUACUAAUCAUCAAUCAAGAGAGAUACUUAAUUUAUCAAAGAAAAUGUUAACUGAUCAAACUAGUGAAGAUGAUUUAUGAUUAAUCAAUUCUAAUUAUUAUUACUAAUCUAUUUAAAUUGUUUA